UAAUGAGCAGACAAUAAUUUAGGAAUGCAAGAAUGAGUCUCUUUGUUGGCAAUAUUUCAAGAUUAGUUGAGUAGAAAGAUAUAGAAAGAGAAUUUAAGGUCUAUGGUGAUUGUACUGUAGAUUUUAGAGUAAAAAAUAAUGACAGAGUAAAUACAUAUAUUAAUAUAUUAGUAUGCAUUUAUUUAAUAUAAAAGUGAAUAAGAAGCAGAAGCUGCAAAAAAUGCAUUACAUCAAAGAGAUUUAUAGGGUAUAGAUAUAUAGUUUAUGAAUUCUGAAAGGAUUGAGAAUUAAUGUUGAGUGGUCUAAGAAAUCAGGCAGAUAUGAUGAGAAUAGAGAACCUAGAAGAGAUCGACCAAGGGAUGAUAGAGGGUAUAAUAAGAGAUUAAUUAAAGAUAAUCAAGAGGAAAUUAUGAUAGAUUUGAGAGAGAGAGGGAAAAAGAAAAGAAACAAAGAAGAAGAAAGUAAUUAAUUUUAUAUAAUUUAUUAAUUAGUUCUAAAAGUAGAAGCAGAAGUAGAAGUCCUAAAAAUAGAAGUAGUCCUUAGUAUAGAGUAUCCAGAAGUUAAAGUAUAGAUAGUGAAAAUGAACCUCCUAGGGAUAAAAUGUUAGAAUAUCUUAAAUAUUUUAGAUUGAGAAAGAAAUUAAAAGAAAUGAUGAGAAAAACAGACAAUGGAGAAUAUAAAGAUUGAGU